AUGGCCGGCACUAACUUUGAUCAUUUCGCCCAACUUGAUCUUACGGGUCCUACCAAGAUCUUAGAUGGUGGAAUGGGGUCGUUGAUGGAAGUACUGGGUUAUAGACCAGAUGUAUGUAAUGUAUGUGCUGGCUUUACUUUCGUUUUUUUUUUUUUGCAAGCUUAACUAACUUAACAAUAUUAUAAUAAAAAGCUAACAAUCAUUGUUUAUGAAGCUUAAAAAUUAUGAUUUUGUUGCUAUAGUAUAGCAAAAGAAUGGGAUUUUUAGGAGAUCUCUUGGGGCUCUGGAGCUAACACGACAUCACCAGAAGUAGUUGAACAGGCUCAUACACUGUGAGUUACAAUUUUCAAAAAUUUGUAAAUUGUAAAUUACUAAUUAAAAUUUACAAAUACACAAACAAGUGUCAAAUAUGAAAUUUUUUUUUCAGGUUUAUUAACGCCGGAUCCGACGUGAUAAUCACCAACACAUAUCAAUCGAACAUCUUGAGGAAAAUUGAUGAUGGGAACAAAGAGAUCGCUGAAGAUAAUACUAGAGUAAGUGUCAUAAACGACGUAACAGUAACUGAUUCAAAAAUAACUAACAUAAGUUUACAUGAAAUAACGUUUAUCUUGUUUAGAAACGUAUGUAUUAAUUAUCACUUGUAGGAUGGCGUAAAGUGUGCUUUAGCAGCGGCCCAGAACUCUGGACGUGAUGUGAAGAUAAUUGGUUCAAUUGGUCCUUUUGCGACAUAUUUAUGUGAUGGUUCAGAGUACACUGGUGCUUACUUAAAUGAACCUGGAUUUGAUCACAAUGUAACUUAAUACUACUUAAAAAAUACUGUGUUUCACCUAGUGUCUAUAGAUUUUUCAUCAAUUUUAAAGAAUUUUCACAAAAUCUAUUAUACAUUUAUUAAAUUAUUCUAAAAGUCUAAAAAGUAUUUACUUUUAGAAAAUCAAAGAAAACUACAGAAUCCACCUAGAAGCCUUGAGAAAGUACGGUGUGCGAUCAUUCGUAUUUGAAACGAUUCCAACUGCCAUUGAAGGAAAGUAUGCUUGUGAAGUGUUAGAAGAGUGUAAAGCUACUGGUUGGGUGGGUGCUACUUGUAAAGUAAGUACAAUAAGAACAUACUAUCAAUAAGUUUAAAACUCCAAUUUGAAAGCAGUAUAAGACUUCUUUUGAGUUUUCUCCAAGUUUUCCAGAACGAUGACAUUCUAUGUAUUUACAAUGGCAUUUAAACUUUAGGAUGGCAAACACUUGGCCAAUGGAGAUCUCUUUGUUGAUUUUGUGAAAAAUGUAGCCAAUUCGGCGAACAUUACUGCGAUUGGCAUUAACUGUACAUCUCCCAAGUACAUAAUGGAUUUGCUUACAGUAGGAAGGGAGUACUGUAACGGGAAACCGUUUGUUGUGUAUCCAAACAGUGGAGAAUACUAUGACAAAGAACAAUCGGCGUAAGUGAUAAAGUGAUUCAGUGUAUUAUAUAAAUAGCCAAAAUAUAUGUUUUGACCAGAUCAACAUAGGACUCGACAAUAUUGUAUUUUCAGAUUUUAUGGAUGUACUAGCAUAGAUCUGAUAGUAAAACAAAUCCGAGAAUGGAGUUCUCUCGGCGCUGCUGUCAUCGGAGGUUGUUGUAGGGUAACACCUGAUGACAUUAAAGGAAUCAGCUUAAAAUUACGGGAAUAA